CAUUCAACCAAACAUUUUUUAAUUUCUCCCUCCCCUUGUUAAAAUCCUCCGCUAGCUUCGAUCGAAAGAACCACACCUAAAAGGCUGAAGGAGUCGGCGAGGGAAGAGGAGAGAUGGAUCUUUUGUGCGAUGCGUAUUCGAAUGCCUCAGACAACGACGAAGAAGAACAACCCAAACGACAUAAAUCAUCUUACACUUCCACUAAUCCACCAAAACCCUAUUUCCCUUCUCCUAUUUCCAACCUUCAUACACAACAACCUCUCAUUCCCGGUAGUUAUGUUUCCAAACGACAACGCGCAUAUAUGAGUUCCAUCUCCACUACACCGGUUGUUCCUCAUUCACCUUCAUUCACAUUAUCUGGGAGUAUCUCGGAGGCUGAUAUACCCCACAACAUCUUAGCAUUGUUGAAAAGUAACGCAAAGGGUCAUCAUAACCUAAACUCGGUAUCUGAGAAACUAUCUGCAACUCUAUCUGGCCAUACAAGAGCUGUCAAUGCUAUUCAUUGGUCAUCAACUCAUGCUCACCUCCUUGCAUCUGCUGGGAUGGACAAUAUGGUUUGCAUAUGGAAUGUAUGGAGCAGAGAUAAGAAGAAAGCAUGUGCCCUAAAUUUCCACAAUGCAGCAGUGAAAGAUGUGAAAUGGUCCCAACAAGGACUCUUCUUGCUUUCUUGUGGAUAUGAUUGCACAUCAAGGUUGGUUGAUGUUGAAAAGGGGAUGGAAACUCAGGUUUUCAGAGAAGAUCAAAUGGUUGGAGUUAUAAAGUUCCACCCAGACAAUUCAAGUCUCUUUCUUUCUGGAGGAUCAAAGGGCUAUAUCAAACUAUGGGAUAUCAGAACUGGCAAAGUUGUGCAUAACUACCAUCGGAAUUUAGGUUCUGUUCUAGAUGUUGAGUUUACAACAAAUGGGAAGCAAUUCAUCUCUUCUAGUGAUGUUUCUGGGAGCAAUAUCAGUGAGAAUUCUAUUAUUGUGUGGGAUGUGUCAAGACAAGUACCGUUGUCUAAUCAGGUGUAUGUGGAAGCUUAUACUUGUCCCUGCGUUAGGUGCCACCCCUUUGAUCCAGUUUUUGUUGCCCAAUCAAACGGAAAUUAUGUUGCAAUCUUUAGUACCACCCCACCAUACAGACUCAACAAAUAUAAGAGAUAUGAGAACCAUGGGGUUUCUGGGUUCCCAAUUAAGUGCAAUUUCAGCUUAGAUGGGAAAAAGCUUGCAUCUGGCUCUUCAGAUGGAUCUAUUUACCUUUAUGAUUAUCAAUCAUCCAAAGUUUUAAAGAAAAUCAAGGCCUUUGACCAAGCAUGUAUGGACAUUGCCUUCCACCCAGUUAUGCCUAAUGUUAUUGCUUCAUGCUCAUGGGAUGGAAGUAUUUUGGUAUUUGAGUAAAGUUUCUUUUUCUCGCCCCAAUUCAAUUUCAUCCCAAUUUCAUACAAGGAAAUUGUUUGCUGUUGUGAUUGUUUCGUAAACGUGUGCCUUUUAACUGUUUUACCGAAGAUUUAAUGUUGACUCACUUAAAGUUUAUAAUUGUAGUGAAUAUUGGUGUUCUUUUCUUUUCUUUUUUAUAAAACAUUUUAAAGUAUUUAUCAGCAGUGAGAUAUCUAAGUAAUUAUAAUGAUGUGACAGCUUCUUGUUUCUGAAUAGUGUAGAAAGUUACUAACGAUGGAUGAAAAUUAAAGUGUAUCUUAAUGUU